CUGGGCGUGGCUUCGGGGUCUGCGUGGUCCAGGCGGUGGCGGUGGAGGGAGGGGGUCGGACGGGGAGUCCUUAGACUUCGGCUCCCGAGAGGUUAGGCCCUGACACCUCCUCCCCACCCCCAAGUCCUCUUGCCCUUGCUUUCAUCCUCUUGAGACUAUGCCGCUGACCCGCAGCCUGUCCGUGACCUCCCUCUCUGGGUUGGAGGAUUGGGAAGAUGAACUUGACCUUGAUAAUGCCAUUCUUUUCGAAGUGGCUUGGGAGGUGGCCAAUAAAGGGUACCUGCCUCAGUUGUGGGUUGUUUCCUCAGAUAAGACUACCUGCAUGUUUUGUGGCCUAUCUCUGUCCUUUGCCCUGUGAUCAUUUGCAGGACUCUCGUCGCUUCUAUUCAAUUGGUGGGAUCUUCACUGUUAUCCAAACAAAAGCCAAGAUUACACUGGAUGAAUGGGGCGAGAAUUACUUUCUGAUUGGACCUUACCUGGAAUUGAAUGUGCGCACACAGGUGGAGCUGAUAGACCCCCCCCACCCUGCCAUUCGCCGAACCAUUGACUCCAUGAAUUCAAAAGGAUGUAAAGUUUACUUUGGCCGCUGGCUGAUUGAGGGGGGUCCAUAUGUGAUCCUCAUUGAUAUUGGGGCAACCGCUUGGAGCUUGGAUCGCUGGAAGACUGAAUUGUGGGAAAGCUGCUCCAUUGGGAUUCCCUGGUAUGACCGAGAGGCCAAUGACGCCGUCCUCUUUGGCUUCCUCACAGCCUGGUUCCUAGGGGAGUUUGCUGCACAGUGUGAAGAAAAGCCAUUCAUCAUUGGUCAUUUCCAUGAGUGGCUAUCUGGUGUUGGCCUCUUCCUCUGUCGGAUCCGGAAACUUCCAAUAGCUACUAUCUUCACCACCCAUGCUACCCUGCUUGGCCGCUACCUGUGUGCAGGAAGUGUGGACUUCUACAACAAUCUGCAGACUUUUAAUGUGGAUAAGGAAGCUGGAGAUCGGCAAAUUUACCAUCGUUAUUGUAUGGAAAGAGCUGCUAUCCACUGCACACAUGUUUUUACUACAGUUUCUCAAAUCACAGCAGUAGAAGCUGAACAUCUGUUAAAACGGAAACCUGAUAUUGUGACUCCCAAUGGUUUGAAUGUCAAGAAGUUCUCUGCUAUGCAUGAAUUCCAAAACCUCCAUGCCCAGAGCAAAGCUCGUAUCCAGGAAUUUGUCCGAGGCCAUUUUUACGGGCACCUGGACUUCAACCUGGACAAAACUAUUUUCUUCUUCAUCGCUGGACGCUAUGAAUACUCCAACAAAGGAGCUGACGUUUUCUUGGAAGCCCUAGCGAGGCUCAACUACCUGCUGAGGGUGAAUGGAAGCCAGAUUACAGUAGUAGCAUUUUUUAUCAUGCCAGCUAGGACAAAUAAUUUCAACGUGGAGACACUAAAAGGCCAAGCCGUCCGCAAACAGCUCUGGGACACAGCUAACGCAGUGAAGGAGAAGUUUGGCAAAAAACUGUACGAAUCCCUCCUCGUGGGGAACCUUCCUGACAUGAACAAAAUGUUGGACAAAGAAGAUUUCACAAUGAUGAAGAGAGCCAUUUUUGCCACUCAGCGCCAUUCUUUCCCCCCAAUCUGUACUCACAACAUGCUGGAUGAUUCUACCGACCCUAUUCUGAACACCAUCAGGCGCAUCGGUCUCUUCAAUAGCAGUGCCGACCGUGUCAAGGUCAUCUUCCAUCCAGAAUUUCUGUCUUCCACUAGUCCGUUGCUUCCUGUUGACUAUGAAGAAUUUGUUAGAGGCUGCCAUUUGGGGGUGUUUCCUUCCUAUUAUGAACCAUGGGGCUACACACCAGCUGAAUGCACCGUGAUGGGGAUCCCCAGCAUUUCCACCAACCUCUCUGGCUUUGGCUGCUUCAUGGAAGAACACAUAGCAGAUCCAUCUGCCUACGGGAUCUACAUCUUAGACAGGCGUUUCCGAAGCUUGGAUGAGUCGUGCACGCAGUUGACCUCUUUCCUCUACAGCUUCUGCCAGCAGUCACGGCGGCAGCGCAUUAUCCAGCGAAACCGCACAGAGAGGCUUUCCGAUCUCUUGGAUUGGAAAUAUCUUGGAAGGUAUUACAUGUAUGCCCGGCAUAUGGCCCUUGCAAAGGCCUUCCCUGAUAACUUCACCUAUGAGCCACACGAAACAACUGCGGCUCAGGGUUUCCGCUACCCACGCCCAGCCUCGGUCCCACCCUCUCCUUCCAUCUCUCGCCACUCCAGCCCCCAUCACAGCGAGACCGAAGAGGAUGAUGAACGGUAUGAUGAGGAAGAAGAGGCAGAAAAGGACAGGCAGAACAUCAAGCCCCCAGCUAUGAUGGGUCCGGUCCCUGAAUGGCGAAAGCACUCCAAGAAGGGGUCUAGCGAGGCAAGCACUUCCUCCAAUGCUAGCACCCCCACCAUCCCUAGCAGCCCCAGUGACCUCAGCAGCCCCACCAAUUCUCUGAUCGAAGAGAAGAAUUAGGUAGGCAGACUGACUCCCCUGCCUGCUCUUUUCCCACGCCUCCCCCUAUCCUCAAGAGGCCAGCUUGUUACCUAGUGCUGCAUUCUGAAAUAAGCCUAGAGUGUAGGUUCUAGGGUGUUCCAGACAUAAGUGUUGGGGCCCACACUUGACGUAGUUUGGUUAAAGAACAGUAAGACAGUCUUCUCUGGAUGACAGAAUGCCAAGGAUGGAGGACCUCUUCCUCUGGAAAGUCAGGAAGUGACCCAUUGGCUCUUUUUGCAGAACACAAGAGAACAUCCUUGUGUCAAGCAGGAUUGAAAAUGUAAAGUCAUGCAUUUCCUCCUCCCAAACACCCUCCAUAUGCUGCUGAUGUUUUGGAAGGCAUUCUCCAGAUCUUAAGAACCUAGCUGCAUUUUUUAAACAAAUAAUAAAUACUACUAAUGGGAGAAAAGGGAAAAUGGGAGGCCUUCAUGGGAAGGACACAGGAAAGGUAUCGUGUUACCUCCCCUUCCCUACAACAAAGGUUUCAUUGAACCAGAAACAGCAGACCUUUUAAAGGCUGCUCAUAAAAUGAGUGCAUCUAAUCUUAUUAUCUUUUUGGGUAACCUUAAACCAGUGAUGGCGAACCUUUUAGAGACCGAGUGCCCAAACUGCAACUCAAAACCCACUUAUGCAUCGUUGGGUGCCGGGUGGGUGUGACCCAUUGGGUGGGCGUGGCUGCGGUGGUAACAGCA